AUGGACGCAUCAUCUCGCAUUUGGGCUUCCUCUAGUCAUGAUCUCCAGGGAAUCAUGCCAGCAAGUUCUUCGCACGAUGAUCCCAUUGAUUUCACUCUAGGCGACCCGACAGCCUUACUCGGCCUGCAUCUCGGUUCGGAUCCCACCGCCAUCGCUUACACACAUACGUCUAUACCUCAAUGUUUACCAUCGCACCCUCAAUUACUCUCUUCGCCCAUUACCGCGUCCCCUGAUUUUUCGCAACACUCCGACCCCCGACGACACUGGGACGCAUGGAACCCGCUACUGGUGACAAAUCCCCAACCACUGUUCAACCUGCCACCGGUGCCCACCGACCUACGUCCAACCUAUUCGUAUCAGCACAGCACGCCGUCUGAAAGUGCUAGUCAAUACAAUAGCAGCUUACAAUCAUCUGACUCGGGAUAUAAGACGCGCUCGACCAUAACAGCCUCGUCCUACGCGGUAGAUACGGCAUCUAGUCCGCAGCUCGCAUCGCCCCAAAGCCUGGAAUCUACGGGAGAGUCAUGCUCCAGUCCAGAUCAGGAUAACCAAGAAGGCACUGUACAGUCAGGGUCAGGCCCAGAAUACAUCAAAUGCGAUCAUCCUAAUUGCAAAUGGAGUGGAAGAUGUCCGUCUGACAAAAGGAAACACGAAGCAAGACAUAAGAAAUUGUUCAAAUGCGAUGAACCAAACUGUGCCCGCAGAGAGGGUUUCGGUACCAUCAAUGAUCUGGCCCGACAUAAGAAAUGUGUCCACAAAAAAGAGCCUAUGCGUGGCCCCAAAGUCAUAUAUAUGUGCUUUGGACAAAAUUGCACGCGCAAAGACAAGAUGUGGCCACGUCUGGAUAAUUUCAAACAGCACCUGACGCGGAUGCACGGUAAUGAGGAUGCUGCGGAGUUGUUGAAGAAAUCCGAAAAGUGGUACCAAGAAUAUGUCAAAACACAAACGGCAAUCCCGGAUGGCUUGCCGAGGAACGAUAUGGGAUUUUUUGGGCGACAGGAUAGUUGCACUGCCGUCAUCCCAAGCCAAACUGUUACUAGCUCGGAUUUCCAAUGGUCACUAGAACUUGAAACCUCGAAAACGGUGAUCAGUGAAUCCAGUCAUGGCACUACGAGUCUUCAGAGUAGUCCUGUUGCUCCUCCGAUGCAGUCUUACAUUCAUGACGAAAUAACGACUCAGUCACCGCUACUCAAGUCCAAUGAUCAGCCACCACCACGAAUGAGAACAGACAGCAUCCGCUCAACUGAAACUGCUAGAGAUAGGAACGUGGAAACCAUUGUCACCGAAGCUGCGGGGAGUGUAAUCAACGCCAUGUCGAAACUAAUGGACCGCAACCAACACAGGCAGCAACAGCAACUAGGUGAGGGAGUUGACAUGAUGGAUCCGAACUCGGAAUUAUGUGGUCGGAAGAAAGAGCUACUCCAGAAGAUUUUCGCUGCCGCAUUAGAUCAGCUGUCAUCCGACCAAUCUGCUACAAAAGUUGCUUCGGAUCCGCAACCAGAGGCUGGUAAGGAGAGCUGGUUCACGUGCACUCAUUGUCCGAAGCGUACGAGGCUGCGCUGUGAAAUGAAGAAACACCAGAAACGUCAUGAACGGCCAUACGGAUGCACGUUCAAUGGGUGUAACAAGACCUUUGGUAGCAAGGCCGAUUGGAAGCGGCAUGAGAGCUCGCAGCAUUUUCACUUACAAGGCUGGCGCUGUACCAUGCCAGACCCGGACAAUAGCCAUGUGACAUGUGCCCGCUUCUUCGACCAACAGGAAGUGUACGUGCAACACCUGCGGGAGCAGCAUUGCGAAGAUGAGGAUGUCGUGCAAAUGGCCAUGAAAAACAGCUAUCUUGAUCCGAACGGACAAGAACAAUAUUGGUGUGGAUUUUGUCGGGAUAUCAUACCUCUCCGCAGCCGUGGUCUGGCGGCGAGGAAUGAGCGAUUCAACCAUAUCGACUCUCAGCACAUCAAGAAGGGCCAGCGCAUUGGCGAUUGGCUACCAUUAUUGGGACACAUGACGAAGAAACAACACACAGAUACCGAAUACGACACGCGAGCAACGAGUGACGAGGAUUAUGAAGAAAAUGAUGAUGACGAGAGCCCUCGCAGCACUUGCCUGUGGGACCGGAUGAGUUACGAUGGUUCAGGCAAAGCCAUGUUCCUGAAACAGAAUGACAUUGGGUUGAAGAAGCGACGGAGAGUUAGCCCUGGUACUGAUUCCCGGAAGUCCAGGAGAAGAAACUCUGUCGAGGAUUCAGAUUGUGAUUCCACGGAGUGCGAUUAUUUGGAACCGGUUCCGGAAUUGUUUAGUUGA